AGUGACACUGUAUUUGACUUCAUUGGUGAACUCUCAAACUAUAAACAUUAAGAGAAGUAGAGGGGUUGGAUGUUCUGUAGCAAGUGUUAAUGUUGAUUAAAUAUUAGUUGGUGAGAGUAAAUUCAGUUAAUAGGCAGUGGGCAGGUUAUCUGCAGAAAUAUGUAUGAAUUAGAAGAAGACCAGUUCGAGGAGGACGACGGGGAGGAGAUCUCGAACGAGCUGUGGCAGGAGGCGUGCUGGAUCGUCAUCAACGCCUACUUCGACGAGAAGGGCCUGGUGCGGCAGCAGCUGGACUCCUUCGACGAGUUCAUCCAGAUGUCGGUGCAGCGCAUCGUCGAGGACUCCCCGCAGAUCGACCUGCAGGCGGAGGCCCAGCACACCUCGGGCGAGAUCGAGAACCCCCCCCGCUACCUGCUGAAGUUCGAGCAGAUCUACCUGUCGAAGCCGACCCACUGGGAGAAGGACGGCGCCCCGUCGCCCAUGAUGCCCAACGAGGCUCGCCUGCGCAACCUCACGUACUCCGCGCCGCUGUACGUCGACAUCACCAAGACCAUCAUCAGGGACGGCGAGGAACCCAUCGAGUCACAGCAUCAGAAAACCUUCAUAGGCAAGAUCCCCAUCAUGUUGCGGUCCACGUAUUGCCUGCUGAACGGCCUGACGGACCGAGAUCUCACGGAGUUGAACGAGUGUCCGUUGGACCCGGGAGGGUACUUCAUAAUCAACGGCUCGGAGAAGGUGCUGAUCGCGCAGGAGAAGAUGGCCACAAACACCGUGUACGUGUUCAGCAUGAAGGACGGCAAGUACGCCUACAAGGCGGAGAUCCGCUCCUGCCUGGAGCACUCUUCGCGCCCCACCUCCACCCUCUGGGUCAACAUGAUGGCGAGGGGCGGCCAGAGCAUCAAGAAGUCUGCAAUUGGCCAGCGCAUCAUCGCUAUCAUGCCCUACAUCAAGCAGGAGAUCCCGAUCAUGAUUGUGUUCCGCGCACUUGGCUUUGUGGCCGACAGAGACAUCCUUGAGCACAUAAUUUACGAUUUUGACGACCAAGAAAUGAUGGAAAUGGUGAAGCCGUCUCUCGACGAAGCGUUUGUGAUCCAAGAGCAGAAUGUGGCACUCAACUUCAUUGGUGCGAGAGGAGCGCGACCCGGGGUUACGAAGGAGAAGAGGAUAAAAUACGCGAGGGAAAUCCUGCAGAAGGAGAUGUUGCCUCACGUCGGCGUGUCUGAUUUCUGCGAGACGAAGAAGGCGUACUUCCUUGGGUACAUGGUGCACCGUCUCUUGCUGGCGUCCCUGGGUCGCCGGGAGCUGGACGACAGGGAUCACUACGGCAACAAGCGCCUGGAUCUCGCCGGGCCCUUGCUGGCGUUCCUCUUCAGAGGGCUGUUCAAGACGCUGAUGAAGGAGGUGCGCAUGUACGCCCAGAAGUUCAUCGACCGCGGCAAGGACUUCAACCUGGAGCUGGCCAUCAAGACCAAGAUCAUCACGGACGGGCUGCGCUACUCGCUGGCCACGGGCAACUGGGGCGACCAGAAGAAGGCCCACCAGGCGAGGGCCGGCGUGUCCCAGGUGCUGAACCGCCUGACGUUCGCCUCGACGCUGUCCCACCUGCGGCGGGUGAACUCCCCCAUCGGGCGCGACGGCAAGCUGGCCAAGCCGCGGCAGCUGCACAACACUCUGUGGGGGAUGAUCUGCCCCGCGGAGACGCCCGAGGGGGCGGCCGUCGGCCUGGUGAAGAACCUCGCGCUCAUGGCCUACAUCUCGGUGGGCUCACAGCCCUCCCCCAUCCUGGAGUUCCUGGAGGAGUGGAGCAUGGAGAACCUGGAGGAGAUCGCCCCGUCCGCCAUCGCCGACGCCACCAAGAUAUUCGUCAACGGCUGCUGGGUGGGCAUCCACCGGGACCCGGAGCAGCUGAUGACGACCCUGCGCAAGCUGCGUCGGCAGAUGGACAUCAUCGUGAGCGAGGUGUCGAUGAUACGGGACAUCAGGGACCGGGAGAUACGCAUCUACACGGACGCGGGGCGCAUCUGCCGCCCGCUGCUCAUCGUCGAGAACGGCAAGCUGCUGCUGAAGAAGAGGCACAUAGACAUGCUCAAGGACAAGGAGUACAACAACUAUGGUUGGCAGGUGCUGGUGGCGAGCGGCGUGGUGGAGUACAUCGACACGCUGGAGGAGGAGACGGUGAUGAUCGCCAUGAUGACGGAGGACAUGAAGCACGAGAAGGAGUACGCCUACUGCACCACGUACACCCACUGCGAGAUCCACCCCGCGAUGAUCCUGGGGGUGUGCGCGUCCAUCAUCCCCUUCCCGGACCACAACCAGAGCCCCAGGAACACCUACCAGAGCGCCAUGGGCAAGCAGGCGAUGGGCGUGUACAUCACCAACUACCACGUGCGGAUGGACACGCUGGCGCACGUGCUCUACUACCCGCACAAGCCCUUGGUGACGACGCGCUCCAUGGAGUACCUGCGGUUCCGGGAGCUGCCCGCGGGAAUCAACUCCGUGGUCGCCAUCCUGUGCUACACCGGCUACAACCAGGAGGACAGCGUCAUCAUGAACGCCUCCGCCGUGGAGCGCGGCUUCUUCAGAUCCGUGUUCUUCCGGUCGUACAAGGAUGCUGAGUCGAAGCGGAUUGGGGACCAGGAAGAGCAGUUCGAGAAACCCACGCGGCAGACCUGUCAGGGGAUGAGGAACGCACUUUACGACAAACUGGACGACGACGGUAUCAUAUCACCCGGGAUUCGUGUGUCUGGUGAUGAUGUGGUCAUUGGCAAGACCAUCACCUUGCCAGACAAUGAGGACGAGCUGGAAGGCACCACCAAGCGCUUCACCAAGCGGGACGCCAGCACGUUCCUGCGCAACAGCGAGACGGGCAUCGUGGACCAGGUGAUGCUCACGCUCAACGCCGAGGGCUACAAGUUCUGCAAGAUCCGCGUGCGCUCCGUCAGGAUCCCGCAGAUCGGGGACAAGUUUGCGUCCCGCCACGGCCAGAAGGGCACGUGCGGCAUCCAGUACCGGCAGGAGGACAUGCCUUUCACAUGCGAAGGUCUCACCCCAGACAUCAUCAUCAACCCUCACGCUAUCCCGUCACGUAUGACGAUUGGUCACUUGAUCGAGUGCCUGCAAGGCAAGGUGUCAUCCAACAAGGGGGAGAUCGGCGACGCGACGCCGUUCAACGACGCGGUGAACGUGCAGAAGAUCUCGGCGCUGCUGCAGGAGUACGGCUACCAGCUGCGCGGCAACGAGGUGAUGUACAACGGCCACACGGGCCGCAAGAUCAACGCCCAGAUCUUCCUGGGGCCCACCUACUACCAGCGCCUCAAGCACAUGGUGGACGACAAGAUCCACAGCCGCGCGCGCGGGCCGGUGCAGAUCCUCGUGCGGCAGCCCAUGGAGGGCAGGGCGCGGGACGGCGGCCUGCGCUUCGGGGAGAUGGAGCGGGACUGCCAGAUCGCCCACGGCGCGGCCCAGUUCCUGCGCGAGCGCCUCUUCGAGGUGUCCGACCCCUACAGGAUCCACGUCUGCAACUUCUGCGGGCUGAUAGCCAUCGCCAACCUGCGCAACAACACCUUCGAGUGCAAGGGCUGCAAGAACAAGACCCAGAUCUCGCAGGUGCGGCUGCCGUACGCCGCCAAGCUUCUCUUCCAGGAGCUCAUGGCGAUGAACAUCGCCCCCCGCCUCAUGGUCUUGUGAGCGCUGCCGCGUCGCCUCGGCGGUUCCUGCCCCCUUGCACGCUCCUGCACGCUCCUGCACGGACGUUUCACGCCGUGCCACCUGCCCCCGCCCCAACACCUGUGCCGGAGAAAGACUGUAUUUGUUAUCUUUGUAAUGUUGUACAGUGUCAAUAAAUGUCCAUUUUGAGUA